CGACGCCUCAAGGGCGUUCAAGCUGGAGGAGGAUUUUGUCGGCGGCUGCAUGACAAUGUCGAUGUACUCGACAACGGAUAAAAUGAAAAUGUCAGCGCCAAGUUGUUUUCCAGGACGCUACAGUCCAUCGUAUCGAAGUUCGGAGCAAAUGCGUCGCUGCAUGCCAAAUCCAUCUGUAAGUAAAUCGAACACCACACACCCAUCUAUAAGUCGUUUAUUAGAAGAUGCUUCCCUAUUAUGCAAUUCGUGGUCAGCACGUCAGAAUGGUGAUAUUUUUGCGGGUAUCAACGAUGGCAUACUGAGCAGAGCGGAAGCUCUGGCAGCCGUCGACAUACAGAAGCAUCAAGCCCAGCAUGUACAUAGCCAAAUGCCCUCCCAAAUCAAACACGAUGUGAUGUACCAUCACCAUACAAUGAGUGGGCCCCCGCAACGUCCGUUACAGAUGCACCAUUCAAUGGAUCAACUGGACAUGCUGGACCCGACGGGCUCGAUGACAACGUUAGCGCCCAUUUCGGAGUCACCCCUAACGCCAACGCACCAACACCUGCACGGUUCCUAUCACAGUAUGAAUCACAUGAUGAGCCACCACCAUCCGGGCACGUUAAGUGGACACACGGCGGGGCAUCAUGGACACUCAGCGGUACAUCAUCCUGUCAUAACAGCGGCUGUGGCGGCUGCUGGCCUGCAUCCCGACACCGACACAGAUCCCCGCGAGCUGGAAGCCUUUGCGGAGCGUUUCAAGCAGCGACGCAUUAAACUAGGUGUCACGCAAGCCGAUGUGGGCAAGGCCCUUGCCAAUCUCAAGUUACCUGGCGUCGGCGCGCUGUCGCAAAGCACAAUCUGUCGCUUCGAAAGCCUCACGCUGUCGCACAAUAACAUGAUCGCGCUGAAGCCCAUCUUGCAGGCGUGGCUGGAGGAGGCUGAGGCGCAGGCGAAAAACAAGCGACGGGAUCCGGACGCACCUAGCGUGCUGCCGGCGGGCGAAAAGAAAAGGACUUCCAUUGCGGCACCUGAAAAGCGUUCCCUGGAAGCCUAUUUCGCCGUCCAGCCGAGACCAUCCGGUGAGAAAAUCGCUGCCAUUGCCGAAAAGCUGGAUUUGAAGAAAAACGUGGUACGCGUCUGGUUCUGCAAUCAAAGGCAAAAACAAAAACGUAUAGUUAGUAGUGUAACACCAUCAAUGACUGGCCACGGUUCGGCGGGAUUUGGAUACUGA